CUCUCCUCUUUCUCCAUUCCCUAUCUCUCUCAAAAAGAAACUUUCUCUCUCUACAAAUUGAAGCUUCCGCGGUAGAAAAACAAACAAAGCACAAAAACAGUAUUGCACAUUCAUUACUGAUCGAGUUUCGGCAAUGCACCGCGUGGGUAGUGCUGGGAACACAAACAAUUCAACUCGCCCUCGCAAAGAGAAGAGAUUAACGUAUGUGUUGAAUGAUUCUGAUGACACAAAGCAUUGUGCAGGCAUAAAUUGUUUGGCUGUACAUAAGUCUGCUGUAUCUGAUGGGUCUGAUUAUCUCUUUUCUGGGAGCCGUGAUGGCAAGCUAAAACGGUGGGCACUAGCUGAGGAUGCAGCGACAUGCUCUGCUACCUUUGAAUCUCAUGUUGAUUGGGUUAAUGAUGCAGUUCUUGUAGGUGAUAGUACACUUGUUUCUUGUUCUUCAGAUACGACACUUAAGACAUGGAAUGCCUUGUCCAAUGGAACAUGUACUAGGACGCUCCGCCAACACUCAGAUUAUGUUACUUGCCUUGCAGCAGCUGAAAAAAAUAGCAAUAUUGUUGCCUCUGGUGGCCUUGGUGGGGAGGUUUUUAUAUGGGAUCUUGAAGCUGCACUUGCUUCAGCUGCAAAGUGCGAUGAUGCUAUGGAUGAUGAUGCUUCAAAUGGUUUCAAUGGUUCUGGAAACUCAUUACCAGUGACAAGCUUACGUACCAUCAGCUCAAGCAAUAGUAUAUCCAUGCACACUACUCAAACUCAAGGAUAUGUUCCAAUUGUUGCCAAAGGCCAUAAGGAAUCUGUUUAUGCAUUGGCAAUGAAUGAAGGUGGAACACUUCUUGUCUCUGGUGGUACAGAAAAGGUUGUUCGUGUUUGGGAUCCAAGGUCUGGAUCAAAGACUUUAAAGCUAAAAGGGCAUACAGAUAACAUCAGGGCUCUGCUUCUGGAUUCUACUGGCAGGUUUUGUUUAUCAGGAUCUUCGGACUCUAUGAUAAGGCUUUGGGAUCUUGGUCAGCAGCGUUGUGUGCAUUCUUAUGCAGUUCAUACAGAUUCUGUUUGGGCUCUUGCCAGCACUUCAACGUUUAGUCAUGUUUAUAGUGGUGGCAGAGACUUUUCAUUAUACUUGACAGACUUGCAAACGAGAGAGAGUGUUUUGCUUUGCACAGGGGAACACCCUAUUCUUCAAUUGGCUUUGCAUGAUGAUAGCAUAUGGGUUGCAUCAACGGACUCUUCAGUUCACAGAUGGCCUGCUGAAGGACGCAACCCUCAAAAGAUUUUCCAAAGAGGAAAUUCAUUUUUAGCUGGAAAUUUGUCCUUUUCGAGAGCAAGGAUUUCGCUAGAGGGAUCUACCCCUGUUCCUGUAUAUAAACAGCCUACCUUAACUAUUCCUGGCACCCCUGCAAUUGUACAGCAUGAAGUUCUAAAUAACAAGAGGCAUAUCCUGACGAAGGAUACUUCUGGUUCAGUGAAGUUGUGGGAAAUUACAAAAGGUGUUGUAGUUGAAGAUUAUGGAAAGGUUUCACUCGAGGAGAAAAAGGAAGAGCUAUUUGAGAUGGUUAGCAUUCCUCCUUGGUUCACAGUGGAUACCAAACUUGGAAGUUUGUCUGUACAUUUGGACUCUCCCCAAUGCUUUUGUGCAGAGAUGUAUUCAGCAGAGCUUAACAUUGGAGGCAAGCCUGAAGAUGAUAAGGUUAACUUGGCUCGAGAAACACUGAAAGGGCUCUUGGCUCAUUGGUUGAUAAAACGAAAGCAAAAAAUGGGAACUCCAGCUCCUGCUAAUGGGGAAUUAUUACCUGGAAAGGAUAUUGCUACUAGUAGAAGUCUUACACAUUCAAAAAUAGAGGUUGAUGGAAGUUCUGAGAAUGAUGCUAUGGUUUAUCCUCCAUUUGAAUUCUCAGUUGUUUCCCCUCCUUCCAUUGUUACUGAGGGAACUCAUGGAGGUCCAUGGAGAAGAAAAAUGACUGAUCUAGAUGGAACGGAGGAUGAUAAAGACUUCCCCUGGUGGUGUCUGGACUGUGUAUUGAAUAAUCGGUUACCUCCUAAAGAAAAUACCAAAUGCAGUUUCUUUUUGCAUCCAUGUGAAGGUUCUACUGUCCAGAUCCUCACGCAAGGGAAACUAAGUGCCCCUCGUAUACUAAGAAUUCAUAAAGUUAUUAAUUAUGUUGUUGAAAAGUUGGUGCUUGACAAGCCUAUGGAUAGUGUCAAUGGCGAUGGUAAUUUCCCCCCUGGACUUGCUGGGUCACAGUUACAAAACCAAGCAGUUGGGGAUGGAUCUUUCCGGUCUGGGUUUAAGCCUUGGCAAAAGAUAAGACCUUCUAUUGAGAUAUUGUGCAACAAUCAGGUAUUGUCUCCUGAAAUGAGCUUAUCCACAGUUCGAGCUUAUGUAUGGAAGAGAACAGAUGACCUGGUCCUAAAUUAUAGAGUGGUUCAAGGGAGGUGACUACAAAUAGCACUUGCGUCAGAGGUUUUCUUGUGAUUGUGUAAAACACUUGGAGCAUUGAUUCUUCUGGGGAGCCUGCUUUGAUCGGUGGCAUUGUAAGCGGUUUGUGUAUUCUAUACUCAUUGAUCACCAAAUUUAGUGGCAUUCCUCAAACCUGCUUCGAUAUAUUUUACGUCAUCAGAGAGCUGUUACUGCGAAUUUUGAAUUAUAUCUAGCUGGCGUGCAUACUUUCACCGGACAUGAUGGAGUCAUUGAUCGUCUUUGUCUGGCAAGAUGAUGGUUUUCUAUUUGAUUCUGUUGAUAAUUAGUGGGGAUCAUAUGGGAUGUUUUCCAGGAAAGCGGUAGUAAAUUUAGAGAUGACAACGAAAACAUUGUACAUUUGAAUUGUGCGUUAAAUACCUAGCCAUAGAAAUUCUGUUCUGAAGGUGUUUCUUCAGAUUCUUACCCGUUCUGUUUGUUUUUUAAUUUAAAAUUUUGUUAAUUGUUAUUUGCAAAUAAUAUUAUUUUCAUUUGUUCAAAUUAUACACUCGUGUCACUCUUUCCGUGGGAAUGACUGUAUUCAGUCUGGUGUCUGGUUGCGUCGUGGUUUAUUUGUUGAAUCUGUAGUGUACGAGUGUAUUUACGAUCACUUAUACUGUUUUCUUACC